UUCCAGUUCUAUCUAGUCAGAUACUGAUGAGGCUUGCUUUGGUAGCUUCCUUAAGCAGUGAGAAGUCUACACCGGGAGGUGUAGUAUAUGUCAGGGAUUCUGUACAAUCCAACUACUUAGGAGGGUCUUAAAUCUCACUGUCUUCACCAUCAGUGAAGAGUGCAUGCUUCCACAAUACCAACUGCUGAUUUUAUAGAGGUGAAGAGUUAUGCAAGACCAAAGGGGAGUAACAGUUUUUUUUUCUUUGACAGAGCUUUAAAAGGCAAGAUGCACUACAGCCAAUUUUAGAUAUAAUUGGACAUAAGAGUAUUUCAAGGUAUUAAUUGGUCUUUUGCAUUUCCAUUUUAGGCCUAUUUCCAUAUAACACGCUGUAUUUUUCAUGAAGGAUUACAGUACAAGGGCCAAGACAACUUUGAGUUGGAAUUUUCCAGAAAGAAGAUUUUGGUGCUGUGAUAUGAAAUGCUACUGAAUUUUUGGACCUGAAUGGUGGUUUAUUCUCCUUUGUCCCCAGAGAAAUGUAUUGUUCAGAAUAACCCGGAGAAGGUUGAAGAAGGACCUCUUGGACUUGAUUGUUUUUUAUACAUGUCCCUAAAUCUUGAAAGUACAAACUAUAGCUUGAGCUGGUAUAUAGAUGGAAGUGAAACACCUGUAACUAAACAGCCAUCAUCACAAAUUCAUCAGCGUGGAAACAUGCUUUGGUUUCUCCCGGCAAGAUAUCAAGAUUCUGGAUUAUAUGAAUGUAUUAUAAGUUACAGGAAUUCAACAAGAUGUUACAAAAAUAUUUUCAAAAUAUCAGUUGUCAACAACAGUGCUCUUUGUUUUAAUGAGAACCUCUUCUAUAUUCAAUCGAUACCGAAAGCAUCAAAUGCAAAGAUUGUGUGUUCUGACAUGGAGUACUUUGGAAAAGAGUUGGAUCGUUCGUCCAUUCAGUGGUAUAAGGAAUGUAAGCCAGUGCUGAGUGAACGAUUUUUUACCUGGGAAACAGAACUUAUCAUCAAGAAAGUGAGAGAAGAUGAUAAGGGAAAAUACCAAUGCAAAACAGAAUAUACUUAUUUGGGGAAUCAAUAUAAUGUUUCAAGGAGCAUUUUUGUGGAUGUUACAGUGAAUCCACCAAAGAAGCAAACUGAGAUCAUGUACCCCACAAAUAAUACAAUUGAAGCGGAACUUGGAUCCAAGUUACUUAUAGAGUGCAAUGUAUCAAGUUACAGAAACACUUUGAAUGACAUCUCCUGGAAAGUAAAUAAUACUCAUGUUGACUCUCUGUUUAAACCCAGAAUUGAAGAAGGAAUUCAAAAAGAAUUCCCUGCUGGAGAGGCAAUCCUUUAUGUGGUUCCUUUAAACAUUACUGAGCUAAAAAGUGAAGAUUAUGGCCAGCGGUUUGUUUGCCAUGCUGGUGAAGUUGCUGCAUACGUUUCAAUACAACGUCCAACUAAAAAUGUUUUGGGACUUAUUGCACUGAUAUUGCUAAUAAUUAUUCCUGUGUUAAUCUGCGUGUUGUUCAAGAUUGAGAUUGUACUUUGGUAUCGGAAGUCAUGCCACCCUUUUCUUCAUAAAAAAGUUUCAGACGGGAAGAUCUAUGAUGCAUAUGUACUGUAUCCAAAAACUGAUACACAAGAUUGCUUUGCCCUGAAAGUACUUCCUGAGGUUUUGGAAAAAAAGUGUGGGUAUAAACUGUUUAUCCUUGGCAGAGAUGACUUACCAGGAAAAGCUGUGGUCAAUGUCAUUGAUGAAACCAUUAAACAAAGCAGAAGGCUGAUAAUGAUUUUAGUACCAGGAUUUUCAAGCUACAAUUUAUUAGAAGAGGUUCCUGAGGAGCAACUAGCUUUGUACAAUGCCCUUAUGAACGAAAGUGCUGGAAUGAAAGUGAUCCUGAUUGAAAUGGGGAAAAUAAAGGAUUACAGCAACAUGCCAGAAUCCAUUAGAUACAUCAAGCAAAAGCAGGGAAUCAUCAGAUGGGAAGGGGACUUUACAAGUAAACGUUCUUAUUCUACAAAUACCAAGUUCUGGAAGAAGGUCCAGUACCGCAUGCCACCGGGGCACCAGAUUUCUCCAGAACUACCUUUGGUGCCAACAUCUCUCAAUACCUGUCAAGCAACCGAAACAUGACCCUUAUGUCAUUUUAAUAAUUCCAGGUGCAACUGCUUUGAAAGGCUAUUUUGAUGGAUGAUACUGUUAGAACUACCAUUUAGACAUGGUAAAUGGACUCCUACGAUCACAUUGUUUUUUUUAAAAAAAAAAACAUUAGUUAAACAUAGCAAAUUAGCAUUUUCUGGUGCAGAAACCAUACAGUAAUUCAAACAAAAAAUAAACUUAAAAUGACACAUUUUCAUAAAAUACCUCGAGCAGUUCAUUUUUCCGUGGAAGAGAAAAUACACAUGGUGGCACACACAGUAACUCUACUUCAACUGAGUACAUGUUGAUCAGCAGGGACCACACAUGUAUAGCAUCUUUAAACAAAGCUGAAACUGACAAUCAGCUGAUUCCAGACUCCGACUUUGCUCCUCCUGCCAAACAGCCUAUCAAUAGGAUUUUACUUUUGUGCAAAAGGUUGGGUCACAGAGGGAAAUCACAGCUACAGCUUACUGUAGAUUUAUGUGUCUGAACCACUACUCUGCUCAGGACAUGUCCAUGGAAAUCUCUCUCUGUGCACUUGGAGCCCCUAGCUACAUUUGGGAAGUGUGCUCUCCUUAAAUUCAAACUUGCAAUUUUUGUGUUGUUAUUGUUAUUGUGGUAACACUUGAAGAAUGAUUCAGACAUGGCUGCAAUCACCCGCAGCUUCUAUUUAUUAGCAUUUCCUUUCGCUCACUAUGUUGUUUGACUGAUAUGCAAGAUGGUCACUUUGCAUUCAUACAUAUAGUCAACAACUGCAAAGACUCAUUUUACCUUAAACAUGACGUUUAAUUUGAAAUAGCCUAUUCAGGGGGUAGUUGGGUCACUUUGUGAAUGGCCACUGUGCUUAUUUUACAUCCAUUUAAGUUUUAACAUAAUUAUCACAGACUGUAUUUUUUACAUUCAUUUCCCCCUGACCUCACUGUUUACUUCCCCCCUCUCCCCCUUCCCCACACCUGCCAACUAAGGAUAGGGGAGAAAUUUGAUUAAGUUUGCAUUUAAAGGCAAACCUACCUAAUUCACACUUCCAUUUGAUUUGGUUGCACAAAGCCUGCAGGGAGUUUAUAUGACCUUGGCUGUUUAUUGAGCAUUCAUUCUGAUUUGGUUGCAGAGGAUUAUAUGAUGUCAAGCAAUUGCUAUCCCACACUUUCUGGUGAAUUUUCCCAUCACUUUCCUUACUACAAAAUGUUGGAUUAUUAUUUUUUUUAAAAAAAUGGGUUUGUUGCACUAGAGCACCAAAUCCAUGAUAAUUGCGCAAACUGAUUUUGUUGGUAUGCAACAGAACCCAUACGCAAUAUAGUGACGGUCUGAGAUCACCCUCUCAGUUUACAAAUAUAAUUCUCUGGUCAAUGUAGAAUAGUAAUGCAACAGUCAUUUAUUUAUGUAACUAUUUGAUUGAAGAGCUACCAUUAA